AGGGUAGCAUAAACCUUUUUUUUAAUUGAAGUGUCCCUUAGCCUAGGAACUAAUAAUGCAUUGGAUUUGUCACCGUUUGUACUGAAUUGAAACAAAAAUCCAAUUACUCUUCGCGCAAUUAUACGUCGAGUGCUGAGUGCUAGUACGUUUGCCUGGGGUUUGGUUUGGCUGUUGUUCUUAGAAGGCUGGGGUGAGAGCAGGGCAGAUGAAAGUCCCGUACACCGUAACAGCGCUAGUUGGACUACCGUUUUCUCUUAUCAACCGUAUUAAACAGCGCUAGUCUUAUUCUCCAAAAAAGUAAUAAUAAUAGUAAUAAUGAUAAAACCAACUAUAAUAACGUUAGUGGAACCAGUUUGUGAUAGAAAAAUUAGAUCUGACACAAUUUAUAUUUAUAAUAGCGCCACUCCUACGGUAUGCUCGUCUUCAUUUCUAAUAUUUAAAGUAAAGAUAGUAUUUCAGUAAUUAUUUGAAUUCUCCACACGCCCGGGUGAACGCCGAUCCGUGCAUCCGAGCUCAUGAUUCUGGUGCUUUGCAUUCACUGAAGCAAAACUCAAAACGAAACUUCGGUAUUGCAUUGUAGAUCGAGCACUGAUAGAAAUGCAGUUGACUGCGGAGUUUCGGGAAGCAUGUAAGUAUAUAUGUAUAUAUGUUUAUGUAUAUUUAUAUUCAUUGAUAAAUGUAUAUUAAUAUACAUAUACGUAUACAAAUAUGUAUAUAAAAGAUGGCUGGUUAUUGCCAGCCGGAAUUCCCAGCAAGUCUUCUAGAUGGAACAGAAAGGCGCCGGGCGUGGGUGGAAGGGAAUUCAAAAAAGAGAAGGGAGAAGAAAAAACGAAAACAAAUUGCAAUACGAUAUUCACAAGCUGAGUACGAGCAUCAACAACACUGAUAUAUACAUCUUGAGAAAACAUUAAACACCAAUUGGAAAGCCAGUGAAAUACUUAUUAGUGAUGAAAGCAUUAGAAAAUAUGGCGAUUUUUUUUUUCUUAACAAUAUUCCAACUUAUUGUUUUCGUUUUGUGGCUAUCGGAUCUCCGUGGUUUGUGUAGGAUGGAUGUACACCUUUUUUGUAACAUUAAUUAUAAGUUUAGUAAUUUAAUUUAGUGAGGCCGCGUGAAGAACGAAAUAACGCAGAAAGGUUUUGGGGAGCUUUCAGAUGUCCCAUGUCCCCCUUCCCCCCUAAUAGUGUUGAACUUUGAACCUUCCGUCGAAAAUUGCUUCCUGGGAAAGAACUUUCACGUACGAACUGUGUGAUAUAAAAUAUAAAUUAAUAUAUAUUCGUUUUCA